CCUCUGGCCUGCUUCGUCCAUCUGCUUUUAAUACAGCCCCACAUUCUUUCUUGAUGCAUUUAACAAGAAUUUAUAAGCGUAUAUUUAGUUGGUGACAGAAAUCACUGUCGCGAUUAUGAUUAAUUUCUGUACUGAAAGUGAUUUGGUUGUGCGUGGGGAAGCUGCCUCGAAUUUAGGCAUUCUUGACUCUUAAAAAAAGAAAAAAAUUGUGCCUUGAUAGGAAUUCUACUGUGAAAUUUGCAUGAAUGCAUGAUGGCUUACUGAGUUCUGAUCGAGGAGGCCGUCGGUCAAUGGUGCACUUACAGAAGCUGAGAGACGAGUUGCAGAGGGUGGAGCUAUGAGGGGAGAGUGGUAUUUAGUUGUAGAUUAAAACAUUGGAGGGUGUUCAAAAACAGAGAAAGAAAAGGGUCGAGGAGGAGGCUCCGUCGUCGCCGGAACUUUCCACCGCCGCCACCACCAUCACCAACAGCUAGUUCUUCACCUGAAUUGCCCUUUUACAGAGCCAAAAUACUAUUUGUACGCCAAUGGAAUCCCAGACCCCUCCUCUUUCUUCUGCUUCAAAUGAACAAACCACAAAAGAAGAACUCAGCAUUCAAUUUCAAACCCCAAAAUCUUCUUCUUCGUCUCCUUUUUCUGCAGUAGUAAAUAUUAGGCUAUGGAGGCCAGCAGCGCAGCGAAACCUUAGAAACCAAUGGUCGAAGUUGGCUUCUUUAUGGCAAGAUUGGCAGUCUUGCUCGUCCGCUACUCGCUCUCAAGCCACUACUCUUGUCAACUCCUAUCUCUCCCAGAAGUAUAUGGAUGCGAUGGAUUUGGGAAUUUUGAGUGGCAUGCUAAGUAUUCGGAAAAAAGCCUCUUCGAAGUUGUUUAAGCAACAAGAGAUUCAGCAUAAUAAACUCUUGGCAUCAUACAAAGAUAUGGUAGGCGUUGUAACUCAGAUGGUGAACACAUCUAGAUCUAUGAGGUGCUAUCUGAAAGGAACAACCAAUAGCCCCUUGGCUCAGUUUUCUCUCUCUUCUGAAAAUGAGAAUGAUACUGGUGAUGGUGGGGGAGCCCCAGUCUUCACAUUUUGGCCAAUCUCUCUUUUUGAAAAAGUAGCACAGGACCUUGUUCAGAUAUUUGUAACAGAGCUAAACUUGAAGAGGUUGCUUGUCAUGGAGCUGCUUUCCUUGGGUGAUGAAAGAAUUCCAGAUCUCAGUAGCUUGUGUUGGUCAGAUGAACUUUAUCCAGGAGAAUUUGAUGAUCUGCAUACAUGUUCCUUGUAUUCACAUGGAGCUAGCAAGCCAGUUCUUCCAAGCCUUGGGAAAGGCGAAGUUGAAUCUUUUCAACCUAGGCAUCAACAAGACCAGAAUGUUUUACAGAUUUAUUUAACUACUUUGAUUGCUGAGGUCAACGUAGAGAGAAGCAGGGUGGAUGAAAUAUUUGCUAGCACAGGAGCUGAAAUGCACGUGACUCUUUCUUGAAGUUGUGAUGCUGGAGUUAAUGCAAAAGGGAGGGCAUGCUUCUAAAUGUCCAGAGCAAUACUACCAGGUUCCUUCAUGACAGCAAGUCUACCUUCGAUACUUGGAAAGCCUUGGGAAGAUCGAAAAUGUAGAUUUCUCAGUACUCAAUUGAUAGCAAGAUUGACAUGCUCUGAUUUCAAGCUCAGUAGACAUCUCCAAGACAUUGUGACCAAAUGAGAACAAAUGAUGAAGAUAUAGAAAUCUGAGCGUUUUUUCACUUGCACUUGGCAUGACUAGAGAUUGGGCUGUCUUUUGAAAUCAAAAUUUUGCGUUGGGCUCAACAUGGUUAAGGUGUCUGAAUAGCCAUUCUUUCAUUUCAACAAAGGGAUUUGAUGCCUUCUGCCUGCAAUAUCUCAGUUGUUUUGACUUCUUUUUGCUUCUCACGCAAAAAGAUUGAGGUUUGUUCCUUAAAGAAAAGGAGGUAGAUUAGCUCCUUAUUACUUGAGCCCUUUCUUCCCAGUUGUAAUGAGUAGUCUAUUUAUCGGGGGUAUCAACCUCCUGGUAUGCUCAAGUAUGGUAAGAAAACUGGUAGUGAAUUCCCAGAUGUUUGUGUUGAUCUGAAGUCUGACAGGAAUGGCAAUUAAUUUAGAGAUGCAGGAUCAUGCUUGUUGC